CAAGGAGACAGAACAAGAGGGAAACAAAAAGGGCGGGGAUAAGGAAUUCCUAGAAAAGAAGGAGGAAAUGGCCGGGAGUUUUUUCACCUCUGCUGCGGUAAACCUAGUUUCGAAACUUGGUGAGUACCUGUUCGCUCCAAUUGGGCAUCAAUUUGGGUACGUCCUAUGCUACAAGAGCUACGUCGAAGAGCUAAAAAAUGGAGUCCAGGAGCUGGAGAGUGCAAGGGAAAGGGUGCAGCGCUCCGUCGAUGAAGCCACGUACGAUGGAAAGCCUAUAUACACUGAUGUUCAGAAUUGGCUGGGGAGUGUGACGAAGGCGGCUGAGGAAGCACAGCAUAUGUUAGAAAGUUGCGGAAGUGCAAAGAAUGCUUGCUUCCGUGGGUGGUUUCCCAACCCAUUGGUGCGCCAUCCAAUAGGCAGAAAGGUGAAGGAGACAACUAAAGUCAUUCAAGGACUCCAGGAGAAAAGCCGGGCUAGUAACUUCAAGAAGGUCUACUAUGAGAAUACUCCGACAGGAAUUGUCAUUGCCACCACUUCCAAUACAAGAUCUGUUGACAAGAAAGAAGAUACCCUGGAGUCGAGGGCUUUGAUCAUGGAGGAUGUAAUAAAGGCUUUAGCUGAUGACAAGGUCCAUGUGAUUGGGGUGUAUGGACCGGGUGGGGUUGGCAAGUCCAAGCUAUUGGCGGACAUCGAAAAGCGUGUGAAGGGAGAGAAGCUGUUCGACGAGGUUGCCGUGGCAGACGUAUCACGCAGUCCAGACCUAAAAAGAAUCCAGGGAGAAAUCGCUGAUGCACUGGGCCUCAAGCUAACGAAUGUGGAAACUGCUCGUGGGAGAGCAGAACGUUUGCGUGAGAGGUUAGAGUAUCAUCCUAAGAAAAAAAUUCUCAUCCUUUUAGAUAAUUUGUGGAAGAAGCUCGAGUUGAAGGAAGUUGGAAUCCCUUGCGGAGAUGAUAAUAAAGUAAGGGGCUGCAAGCUAUUGCUAACGUCUAGAUAUCGAGAUGUUUUGCGUGAUGACAUGGGCUCCGACCAAUUAUUCCAACUCGAAGGGUUAAAGCAUGGAGAAGCACGGAGACUUUUUCAAAGUACAGUGGGAAACAGAGUUUACGAUCCUGAUAUUGAACCCUUCGUAGAUGGAGUGGUUAAGAAUUGUAAAGGCUUGCCACUUUUGCUCGUUUCGCUGGCAAAAAGGUUGAAGCACGGAGAUUUAGCAGCAUGGAGGAAUGCUUUGACCAAUACUGAAGGGUCGGAUGUAAAAUCACUCGUGGAGCUCAAUUACAAAGACUUAAAUGACGAGAGGAUCAAAUCAGUGUUCUUGGUUUGUGCUCUACACUCUGGGAGAAUUUGGCUGAGGGAUUGCCUUGUCUAUUGCAUGGGUUUAGGUCUAUAUGAAAAAUUCAGCAAGACAAUCGAAAACGCUAGAGAUAGGUUGGUGAUGGAUCUACAAACCCUGCGGGACUCUUCUUUGUUACUAGAUAGUGAUGACAAGGAAUGGUUCAGAAUGCAUGACGCAUUUGUUGACGUUGCCAUCUCUAUUGCUUCCACAGAAUGGAACGCCUUGGUCGGGACGAAGGGUGAUGAAUUUAACAAAUGGUCAGAGGAUGAGCUCAGAAAAUGCACAGCGAUAUCCUUGCAUCGGGUUGGCGUUGAGGAGCUUCCAGAAAAAUUGGACUGCCCAGACUUGAAAAUGCUUCUAUUAACCGAACGCAAACAGUCUGUUAAAAUUCCCCAGUCAUUUUUCAAAUCUAUGGAGAAGCUCCAAGUCUUGGACAUUACUGGCUUAUCCUUCACCUCUCUGCCUUCGUCGAUUGAGCUCCUUGGAAACCUCAAGUCCCUAUGUCUUGAUCAGGGCCAUCUAGAGGAUGUGACUGUUCUUGGAAAGCUGAAAGGACUGCAGUCCCUAAGUUUCAUCCACUCUACAAUUGCUCGGCUGCCCAAAGAAAUAGGCGAAUUAACGAAAUUGAGAUUUUUGGACUUGAGGGCGUGCACUAGGCUCAAAGUUAUCGAACCUGGUUUACUCGGAAGCUUGGUUAAUUUAGAGGAAUUGUAUAUGGAAAACAGUUUUGAUAAGUGGGAGGCCGAGGAUGAAGCACCCCGAAGCAACGCUAGCCUCGCUGAGUUGAAGAAUAUGAAAAAGUUGAGCACAUUGUCCAUUGCCAUUCCUCAUUCUGCCAAUCUCUCAAGGGACCUGCCAUUUGGGAAUCUGAACGAGUAUAAAAUCCAAAUUGGGAUUGUUUGGGAUUGGUCGAGCACAUACAAAGAGUCUAGAAUUAUAAAGCUCAUGCUGGAUUCAGGCAAUCUUCUUCUUGAAGAGUGGGUGCAGAAAUGUUUGUCGAGAACGCAAGAUCUACACUUGGAUGGACUGCAAGAUGGCAACGAUACCAUUCACGAUUUGUGUGCUGAAGGAUUUCAGGCAUUGAAGCAUCUACACGUACAAAAUAGCCCCUCGUUUCACUUUGUUGUCCACUCCACAGAGAAUGUGCAGUGCAUUGCAUUUACAAGAUUGGAAUCUUUGUUUCUCGAGAAUCUGAACAACUUCGAGAAGAUUUGUUGCGGCUGUCUUGCCCCAGAAUCCUUCAGCAAAUUAAAUUUUGUGAAAGUGGACAACUGCGGUGAAAUCAAACAUUUGUUUCCUUUGUCCAUGACGAGAAUAGUAUCGCAGCUCGAAGAGAUCGAAAUAAGCAAAUGCCACUUGAUGCAACAAAUUGUCGCAAAUGCCGAGGCAGAAGACGGAGAUCAAAUAGAUGAUGUUCCCAAAGUGAAGUCAUGCAAUUUGCGUAGGUUGACAUUACGAAACUUGCCAGAGAUGACGAGCUUCUGUAAGACCAUAGACCAUUCGGUUGAUUUCUUUGACAAGCAACAGCUAAUAAAGCUACAAAAUUUGGAAGCCAUAACCAUUGAAAGAUGCCAAUUAAUACGAGGAAUAUUUGACGUGGAAGGACCGACAGUUAGUGGGGAAGUUGAGAUUCCAUCACGACUUAGAGAAUUGACCUUGAAUGACUUGCCAAGUUUGGGUCACAUAUGGAACAAAGAUCAACGAAGAACAUCAUAUUUCCAAAACUUAAGGACACUGAAGGUACAAAACUGUGAGAACCUGAGGUUUCUUUUUUCUUCUUCCAUGGCUAAAGCACUGGGGCAAAUAAAAGAAAUAGAAAUAGCAAGUUGUGAGCCUGGAGGAAAUUAUUGGUGUGCAAGAAAAAGACUCGGAUGAAGCUGCAACCACUGCCACUUUAGAACUCCCUUUGUUAACAUCCUUGUCUCUUGAGAAAUUGCCAAAUCUCAGGACAUUCUCUUAUGGAAAGCAUUGUAUUCACUGUCCAUCCUUAACAAGGCUGACCAUAUCUGGAUGCCCCAAAAUGCGGACACUCUCUUCAUUUGAAGGAAAGCAAAAGUUGAUGACAGUUGAUAUAGAUUUACAACAAGCGGUUGGUCAUAUCAACUCUAGCUUGUUAUUGCCUGUGUUCUUCAAUGAAAAGGUUCAUUUUCCAAGCUUGGAGGAAUUGAAGCUUUCGUCCAUGUGCGAAGUAAAGAGGAUAUGGCCCGAUCAACUCCAUGGACAGUCCUUCCGCAAACUCGAAUCCCUCACCAUCAGACUUUGUGAAAAUCUAUUACAUGUUUUUCCAUCGAAUUCAUUGGAUAGGUUGCACAAGCUUAAUAAAAUUGAGGUGGUCGAAUGUCCCUCCUUGG